ACCUGUGGUCUGUUGGUACUUGAUACCGCCGAUUGGUGAGGAGUUAGUUUGGCGAGGGAUGUUUCCCGUUUGAAUCUGGACCAAAAUAAUGCGGAUAGUGUCACCAUGAUGGGUUCUCUGAUGAAUUACCAGCGCACUGUAUUCAAUUUUCGAAGCAUUGUCAAUGGGAAGCCCUCGGUUGGGUCAAACCCUGGUGUUAUCAUUACAUGCGGCCUCCGAAGGAGCCCCAGAAAAAGUCUGUGGAGGUCGAGGGUUUUGUCCAAAGAAGCCAUUCAAGUGGUUCACUCCCUCAAGCUCGCCAAAUCUACUCCCAAAAUUCAACACCUUCUCCAAUCCAGACUCUCCAGGCUUCUCAAAGUUGACGUCUUGGACGUCUUCUCUGAGCUGCACAGACAAAAUGAAUUGGAUUUGUGCUUCCAGGUGUUCGACUUCGUUAGCAAGGAAGCAGGAUACGAGACAGAGUUGUCCCUCUACUCCGACAUGAUAUUGUUGCUGGGAAGAAAUCAGCUGAUUGGCAGGGCGGAGGAGCUGUUUUCUCAAGCCAUGGAGAAUGGAUUAAAACCUGAUACAAGGAUGUACACUGAGAUGAUUGGAGCUUAUUUACAGGUUGGCAUGACGGAAAAGGCAAUGGAGACGUACGGGCUAAUGAAGGCAUCAGGGUGUGCCCCGGAUAAGUUGACUUUCACAAUUCUGAUCAGAAACCUUGAGAAGGCUGGCCUGCAACACCUGGCUGCAACUUUGAAGGAUGAGUGCGUUGACUACGUGGACUCUCCUGAUAAAUUCAUUCAUGAACUCUAGCACAAGCAUCGACGCACUAACAUCAUUAGCACCUUCAUUCUCUUUCUUGCUCCUCCUCCAGAUUAGACUUAUAAUUUGCCCAUGUCUUCGGGCCAAAGGGAGAUCGAUUAUAUGGAAGUUUUCGAUGGUGAGCGAUGAUCUUACUUCUUGAUGGAGUGGUGAAUGUUAGGUGCGGCUUCAUUUACUUCCCCCUUUAACACAAGACCCCAUUGGAUGCCGGCUGGGAGCUUAAGAGCAAAUCAUCAUGAGAAAAACAAUGCCGGGUUUUUCUAGGAAUUGUCCUGGAUUUUUAAUGAGUUGAAUUAUUUUCUCACCCUUAAAUUCACUUUAUUUAUGAACUUCUGUCAUUGUAUUCCAAGAAGGUAUAGGUCACAUUUUGCA